AGUCAACAAAAUCAAUGAAAACAAAACAAUUUGUUUACAAAUGAAAUUAAAUACUUAGUUGUCAUACGAUUAGACAAAACAAUUGUUUGAUUGAUUUAAUUGUUGUUUGUUUUGUCAUCAAAAAUAAGACGACAAUAGUAUAGAUGAUAAUGAAGACAACGACAGUAACAACAAUGACAACGAUGGACACGAAGUGAUUGAUUUUAAUGAAGACAUAACAUGAUAUUAGCCAAAGAUUACGGCAUUUACUUAAUAUUGAUAUUCAUAUUGAUUUACGGCUACCGAUGUCUCAGUUCUGUCCACUCGACGACAUGUGAUAGUAAGCAAAAUAACGAUUGCGUUGACCAUCGAUGGCCUAACAGAUUGACAGCGAACCAGACGUGCGAUCGGCGACAGUCAAUGACAUGUCGUCACUGCAGAUGUUAUACAGAAUGUCUUCCGCGCGGACUAGUGGUCAACGCAACGACCGGAUGGUUUGGCACACAUUUCACGGCCGAUAUGGUCGACAGUUCGCCGCAGUAUUGCCUAUGGAUUCUGACUACACAUCCAGUGGUUGACAUCUACACACUGUACUCCAUAGCUAUGGCCCGAUCGAUAUCCAGACAGUCCAUACCUAACACUCCGGCCAUCAGUCUGACCAUUGAGAAGGAUAUGCACGUUGAAUGUCCCGACUCUAACAUACAGGUGUUCGACGGCGUUCCCGAUUUUGUCGCGUCGGGAGCCCUGAGCCAAAAGUUAGGCUUCUAUUGCGGCACUGAUCUCAAGGAAGACAUUCAUUUGGUGGCGCAUUCGGGCUUUCUUACCGUUUUCUACGAACGCCGCGACCCGAACCAAGGCUUCAAUGCAUCGUAUGUACGGCUGGACUGUCAGUCGUGUCAAACGCUCAACGACAGGGAAUGUGUAAAUAAUCAGUGCGUUUGUUCGGACAAUAAGAUCGGACCCAACUGUGGUGUUACUGUCUGUCCCAACAACUGUUCGGCCGACAAGAAUCAGGGGACGUGCGAUCACCAGAACGGUCGGUGCAUUUGUAUGCCUAACUAUGUGGAGAAUGACUGUUCGCAAAGUAUGUUCACUAAUCGACUUGUUUGGUCCACACUAUUCAACUGUGAAGCGGCCAAACCAUUCUUGCCAUCGCUUUCACUGUAUUUGCCACGAAUGGGACACACACUAGAAAAUACCGAUUCAUAUUUAUGGCUAUUUGGCGGUUAUUCAAGUAUAAGAGGACAGUUGGGCGAUAUGUUUCGUUUCAAUUUAAUAACAUCGCGAUGGGAGGAGAUUUCGACUAACGGCAAACAUGAUAAGGACAGUUCCCGAUCUGGUCCACAACCGCGACAUUUUCACGCAACAGCACUUUACGGCGAGUGGUUCUAUCUCUACGGUGGUCUCAGUCAAGUGAACGGUGUGUUGGGUGACUUCUGGAAGUUUGAAACAGUGGAUCACAAUUGGCAAAAGUUGGAGAUUAUUGACGAACUUCCAGCACUGGCCGGACACACACUGACUGCCACCGACAACGUAGGCAGUCUUAUACUGAUUGGCGGCUAUUCACCAGAGUAUGGCUUUUUCGAGAAGACACUUGAGUAUGAUAUUGACGAAAAUCGAUGGAAAGUGUUGGACGAUGGAAAUGGUGUUCGACCCGUAGGUAUUUAUGGUCACACCGCUGUGUUUCACUCGCAAACCCAUAAUAUUUACAUUUACGGCGGUGUUGGCUACGAUAUGGAUAGGACUUACAUAUCGGGAGAUUUGUACAGUUUUGAUGUCGACACAAGUCAUUGGUACCGAUUGCCACCCGACGAACAAAUCAAUCCAAUCAAUACGCGACCCGAAUCGCGAUAUUUUCAUUCUGCGGUGUCCACUGAACUCUAUAUGAUUAUAAUCGGCGGUCGAAAUAAUGAUAGCAAUGCUAUUGUGAACUCUAUUUACGCAUACAUUUAUAAGUGCAAUAAAUGGAUAUCAUUGCAAUCCGAAACAAUUCCAGUGAGUGGUGAACCUCCCGAACCGGCCAUUGCACUGUCCAUUACAAUACAGGACAAUAAUAUUUAUAUUUUUGGCGGAACUAAUGGCCAAACAAAUGGAAAUCUUUACCGAUUAACGGUACCAAAAGAUUUAUGUCAACUCUUUUCAUAUUCAAGACUCGGUUGUCUUCGACAUAUCGGGUGUUCCUAUUGUUCCGUUUACGAGAACGGAGUAAACAAAACUUUUUGCUACUCACAAGAUCUGACAAUACCUCAGAGCUGUUACAAUCCGAGAGGAGCUUCAGAAGUGGCUCAGGGACUCAGUUGUGGUGUUGAACUACUUGAGCGUCGCAAUUGUUAUCAAUACAAGACUUGUGUUGACUGUGUAGCCUAUUGGCCUAUUUAUGGUUCGGGGAAACAGGUGUGUCAGUGGUGUUCAAACUGUCAGAGUGGUCGGUGUACACCUAUGGGUGCCACAUGUGAACGUGAAUCUCAUUGCACUUUACAGCCUCGAGCGUUCAUUUUCGGCCAUUUGUGUCCACUUCGACAAUGUUUGGCCUCCGAUUGUCAUAAAUGUUCGCAACUCGGAGGCUGUAUGUGGACACGACAGGUAUUGCGUUCAGAAAUGGGUCGUACAUUAAAUGUUAAGCCCAUAUUUGACUGGACGUGCGUUCAAAAUAUACCCCAAGACGUGGCAUCAAUAGUUGUCGAGUCUAUGCCACCGCUCUCUUGUCCGAUCUCUUGCUUAAGUUAUACAAACUGUAGUUCAUGUUUGGAAAGUUCCGGCGGCGAAGGUGGUCAUCAUUCAUGUUCUUGGGCUCAAAACAUAAACAAAUGCAUUUCUCCCAGUUUUGUGCCACUCAGAUGUGAGGCCGGCCUCUGUGGUAGUCUUGUUCUAAGCGGCUCUCCAUCGCAAUGUCCUUCCACUUGUCACCAACUAAUGCAAUCGGCUCACUGUCUCUCUCGACCCCAUUGCGGAUGGUGUGCAUUCAAUGGAACAGCUGUAGAUGGCCGAGGAAUCUGUAUGGAAGGACAACUGCCCGGUCCUAUUGGUGGCACCUGUAAGAAAGAAUAUGUCGGUCUAUUACCGAAUCAACCGUUACCUUCAAUGACCACCAAAUGGUUAUCACAAUCAGAAGGGCCGCCAAUUUGGGCGUAUUUAGAAAGACCUAAAGAAAAUGAAUGUCUUAACGGACAUCACACGUGCGAUGAGCGUACAGAAGAUUGUAUUGAUCUGGAAGAUGGCUUUAUGUGUAAAUGCAAACCCGGAUACCUAAUCGAUGACAAUCAAUGUAAAGCCAUAUGCCAUGAGGGCUGUAUGUUUGGCACUUGUGUGGCGCCCGAUGUCUGUCAAUGCAAUUUUGGUUUUGUUGGCACCAAUUGUUCGCUGGCGUGUGAGUGCAAUGGUCACAGUAACUGUGCGGGUGUUAAUCGACUAAGCGAUUGUCUUGAAUGCCAGAAUCACACCCAGGGAUCUCAAUGUGAAAAGUGUAAACCAUUUUACGUCGGAAAUCCUGUUAACUCCGGAAAGUGUGUCCCAUGUAAGACAUAUUGCAAUAAUCACUCUGAAGUAUGUUUGGAUCGCCAACUAUACGAUAAAAUUAGAAAUUUUUCGGGACUUUUGGAGGCAAUAAACACACAUAAAGAUGUAGAGAAAAUAUUGGGACACGUUGUCGAUGAGGGACCCGCUUCGGGAGCUGUUUGUGUCAACUGUAAGCAUAAUACUAAAGGCACGGAAUGUAACUCAUGUAUUGACGGCUUCUUUCAAAACAAUGCCGAACGCAUUGGUGACGGUUGUCGACGGUGUCAUUGUAACGGACACUCAGACACCUGUAACAAAGUAACCGGAGAGGACUGUCAGUGUGAUAAUAGUACCGAAACGGAUAGACAGUGUUCGCAAAAUAGUAGCAAAAGUUCACUGACUCCCUGUUGGCAAAUGCAAUGCUCCAAAUGUAAGGAAUACUUUUUAGGUGUUCCUACUAAUGGUCAUCAAUGUUAUCGACACAUGUUUUUGGAUAAAGACUACUGUUUUGAUCCGAAAACUCAAGAGGAAUGCAUUCGAAAACAGUCUGGACUGCCAUUUGGCAGAACUGUAUUCUUUGCUGUUCAGCCCCGAUAUAUGAAUGUCGACAUCAGAAUCUUUGUGGACGUCACUAAAGGGUCCGUCGACUUGUAUUUAUCGGCAAAAGAGGACACAUUUGUUGUGGAUGUCAACAAAACUAAUGGCAUUCACUGGGUUUGGUUGGACAAGAAGUACUCGACGCACAUCUCAUCUGGAAAUCUAUAUAACGAUUUGGACAGUCUUUCACUGAAACAGCCGUUUCUAUUGAAUGAUUCCAUGAGAUUUAAUCCACUGAAGUCACAGACCAGUGGACCGGCGCUCAAAUUACGACAUUCAUCAGCUAAUGAUCUCAUCUAUUACUUGACGAUCACUGAUCCAAAUGAAUUUCUCAUUGUUCGUAAUCUUAAAAAUCGUUUAGUUAUUACUAUACCUCAAGAAGUUCAUGAUCUAAGAAGUACUCGAUUUUACAUAAUUUUAAAAGGAAUUCAAAGUCAAUUGAAAGGCCAUAUUAAUGGUACGGAUGAUCACAGAAGUUAUGGUAACAUAUUCUUCCGUCAGGACCAGAGUCGCAUAGAUCUGUUUGUUUUCUUCAGUGUCUUCUUUUCCUGUUUUUUCCUAUUUCUUUGCGUUUGUGUUAUGGUUUGGAAAAUAAAACAGGCAUUUGAUAUGAGACGCGCUCGGCGUCUACACGUGGCUGAGAUGAAGCAUAUGGCCAGUCGGCCGUUCGCCACAAUACUCAUUCAUAUCGACGGCUCGUACACUACAAAUGAUGUCGAGUUUGCUCUGUCGUCGCCAUCGCAUCACAAAGAAGGCACUAUAAAGAAGAAACCAUUUCGCUUUAGAGGAAGCAUUUCCAGUCUGAGAGACUCACCCAAAGCUCAGGUACAUCCCGAACCGUUUGAUAAGUAUACGAUACGUCCAGUGGCCGUCGAGCCGACUGCCGAUGGUUUGUCAGCAGUGGUCACAACACUAGUUCAUCUGCCGGGCGGCAAAACUGCUCCCAACCGGAUGUGUUUGGCUUCUACUUUGGUAUCAUUGCGUAACUCACAUCAUAUACUCAACGCCAACACUAACCACAGUAACGGUAAUAACAUCGGGAAAGUCGGUGCCGGCGUCUGGCGGACAGCCACCAGAAGACGGCCACACUUUGCAUUCUAG